AUGUGGCUACUUCUACUGGCAGCUUUUGGUUUGAUCCUCUUGUACAGAUGGUACAAAUACAGUCUGAUUUUGGAGAAUCUCACAGAUAAAUAUGUCUUCAUCACUGGAUGUGAUUCAGGGUUUGGAAAUGUGUUGGCUAAACAACUGGACAAACGUGGAAUGAAGGUUCUGGCUGCUUGCUUGACCGAGACGGGGGUUGAGAAUCUAAAGAAAGAGGCUUCCAGUAGACUGCAGACAACAAUCCUCAAUGUAACAAACUCUGAAAGCGUGAGCUCCGCUGCCAAGUGGGUCAAUGAUAUAGUCUCAGACCAAGGCCUUUGGGGUUUGGUGAAUAAUGCAGGUAUUGCUACACCUACUGCUCCUAAUGAAUGGCUAACUAAAGAUGACUUCAAGAAAAUUCUGGAUGUAAACCUCCUAGGGCUGAUCGAUGUCACAUUGAAUAUGCUGCCUUUAAUCCGAAGAGCCCGUGGACGGGUUGUUAAUGUAUCCAGCAUUGCUGGAAGAGUUGUCAUCUGUGGAGGAGGAUACUGCCUUUCUAAAUAUGGAGUGGAAUCCUUUUCAGACAGUCUACGGUAA